AUGCGUCCGAAGGACUCCAAGUGGUUGGCUCCGCGCCGGCGACGAUUUUGGGCCACGCUUCUCACGAUCGCCAUCGCCAUCAUCCUGAUUGCGACGCUCAGCUGGCAUUUUACCAACGGAAGAGAUUCCCACAACGGGCCAAAGAAGGGUACAGGAUCGCCAGGCAGCCCCGGAGGACAGAAAGACGGCGACGUGAUUUGGCGAACGCUACCGUGGAACAAUCCGCUCGGCACGCCUCGGCCGCUGCCAACGCAAGGUGCAAAGCCCCUGCCUGCGGUGCAGUUUAGCUUUGCAGACGAGACAAACGACGACAAAAAGACACGGCUCGGUCGGCGCGAUGCUGUGAAGAAGGCGUUUGAGAGAUGCUGGACCUCGUACAGGGACCAGGCAUGGCUGCACGACGAGCUCAAGCCUGUAAGCGGCGGGUCCAAGGACACCUUUGGCGGCUGGGCUGCGACGCUGGUUGACGCCCUCGACACGAUGUGGAUCAUGGACAUGCGCGACGAGUUCAACGAGGCUAUCGGCGCCGUGGACAAGAACAUCUCUUUUGCCAGCUCUUCGUCUGGCGAUGUCAUCAGCCUGUUCGAGACCAACAUUCGCUAUCUCGGCGGCCUGCUCGCCGCGUACGACUUGAGUGGCGAUGACCGGCUGAAGAAGAAGGCAACCGACGCCGGGGACAUGAUCCUCAAGGCCUUUGACACGCCAAACCACAUGCCUAUUGGUCGCUGGAACAUAAAAGAAGCGGCCGAGAACAAGAAGCAGACGGCGCCCUCGUCAACGAGCUUGGCCGAGAUUGGCACCAUGAUUCUUGAGCUCACGCGGCUGAGCCUAAUCACGGGCGACGCACGCUACUACGACGUCACGCAGCGCAUUACGGACCUUCUUGACGCCUCGCAGAUGAAGACCAAAAUUCCUGGUCUGUGGUCCGUCUCGGUCGACCCUAGCGAUGCGCGCUUCGAUACCGGCUCGAGAUACUCGAUGGGCGGGGGUGCUGACAGCGCGUACGAGUACUUCCCCAAGAUGAUGGCCCUUCUUGAUGACCUCGACCCCAUGUACGAGCGGCUGUACAAGCGCAGCAUGGCCGCGACGCAGAAACAUCUGAUCUAUCGUCCGAUGGUGCCCGGCGAGGAUGAUAUCCUGAUGACGGGCGACGCCGACUCAACAAACAACGGCGACGGAGGGUCGACAUUUACAGCCGUGACCGAGCACCUGACGUGCUUCGCGGGCGGCAUGUAUGCCCUCGGCGGGCGGCUCACGGCCAACGACUCCGACGUGGACAUUGGCCGACGCCUGACAGACGGCUGCGUGUGGGCCUACAAUGCCACAAAAUCGGGCGUCAUGGCCGAGCGGCUCCUCGGCGUGCCCUGCGACGACACGGCGCACUGCGCGUGGAAUGAGACGACGUGGCGCGCGGCGGUGGGCAGCAGCGUUCCGGACGGCGACCUGCCCCCCAAGGGCAUCGCCAGGCUCAAGUCCAAAGAGUACAUCCUGCGGCCCGAGGCUAUCGAGAGCGUCUUCAUCAUGUACCGCGUCACGGGGGACAGGGCGUGGCAGGAUAAAGCGUGGACCAUGUGGCAGGCGGUCGACGGCCUCACAAGGACGGACCUGGCCAACAGCGCCGUCGAUAAUGUGGACUCUGACGGGGCUAGGAAGCUGGACUCGAUGGAGAGCUUCUGGCUCGCCGAGACGCUCAAGUAUUUCUACCUCGUGUUUUCGGAACCGACGCUCAUCAGCCUCGACGAGUGGGUGCUGAACACGGAGGCGCAUCCGUUUAAACGCCUAGGGACCAAGUCGUAG